GAAGUCUUGUGUACUGACUUGUAUUUUUUUGAGUAUAAAUACUUAUCUUAGGUGUUUGCAAUUGUAACCCUUGAAAGCAAUGGCAUCAUCAAAAGCAAAGGGGUUAGGGAGUUCACUGAGCAUUCAAGAGCUUGCCAAACAGCCCAUGCUUGGCAUCCCAGAGCGCUAUGUUCGUUUAGAUAAUGAACCUUCAUCAAUUCUCUCAGAAGAUGCCACUUCUCUCCAAAUGAUUCCUAUCGUUGACAUGCAACAAUUACUUAGGGAUGACGCAACAGAUUUUAAACUAGAGAAGUUGCACGCCGCAUGCAAAGAAUGGGGUAUCUUUCAGUUGGUAAACCAUGGAGUUAGCUCUUUACUAGUGGAGAAACUGAAAUAUGAAAUUGAAGAAUUCUACAUGCUUCCUUCUGAAGAGAAAAUGAGAUUCAAGAUACAGCCAGGUGAUGUUGAAGGGUAUGGACAAACCAAAUCAAUGGAAGAAGAUCAAAAAGUUGAUUGGGCAGAUAGGUUUUUUAUGUUCGUCAACCCUGUCCAUAGAAGGAAGGCCCACCUACUUCCAGAGCUCCCUUCUUCACUUAGGGAAACCUUGGAGUCUUACAUAUCAGAGUUGCAAAAACUUGCAAUGACACUUUUUGGAUUGAUGGAAAAAGCUCUAAAGAUUAACAAGGGAGAGAUAGAGGAGAUGUUUGAUGAUGGAACGCAAUCAGUGAGGAUGACAUACUAUCCUCCAUGUCCCCAACCUGAAAUGGUGAUGGGCCUUACGCCUCACUCCGAUGCUACCGGCAUCACCAUCCUUCUACAAGUCAAUGGAGUUGAAGGCUUCCAAAUUAAAAAAGAUGGGAUUUGGAUUCCUGUGAAUUUCCUUCCAGAUGCAUUUGUUGUUAAUGUAGGCGACAUUCUAGAGGUCUGUUUACCAUUCUCUCUCUAUCAUUUUCGAAACUCUUUACGUUGAAUAUUUCUGUUUCACACAUGGUAGG